UCGCGGGGGGACGCGGACGUCGCUCUUCCAAGAUGGCGGCGCGUCCGUCGCCAGCAGCUGGGCCGGGGGGAAGCCAGCGAAGCCGAGUAAAGCCGCCGCCCGGGAGGAGACUGAAGGAGCAGCUGCCGCCGUUGGCGGCGGCGCGGGCAGUUUUCGCUGCUGCUACGGCUGUUGCCAUGCGGCGAGGCUAGGGAGGACCUCACUUCCCCGGGGUGUAAUAAUGUUAACAGAGGCCAGUCUAUCCAUAUGGGGAUGGGGAAGCCUUGGCAUUGUCCUUUUUCUGAUAACCUUUGGACCCUUUGUAAUAUUUUAUUUGGCAUUUUAUAUCCUCUGCUUUGUGGGUGGGGGCUUAGUGGUUACUCUCCUGUUUGGAAAAACAAACUCAGAAAAGUACCUAGAGCAGUGCGAACACUCAUUUCUUCCUCCUACAUCUACUGGGAUUCCUAAGUGCUUAGAAGAAAUGAAACGGGAAGCAAGGACUAUUAAGAUUGAUAGACGGUUGACUGGUGCCAAUAUAAUUGAUGAACCUCUUCAGCAAGUUAUCCAGUUUUCCUUGAGAGAUUAUGUCCAGUAUUGGUAUUACACACUAAGUGAUGAUGAAUCUUUUCUUCUUGAAAUUAGGCAAACUCUUCAAAAUGCACUCAUUCAGUUUGCUACGAGGUCAAAAGAAAUAGACUGGCAACCUUAUUUUACUACACGAAUUGUAGACGAUUUUGGCACACACCUAAGAGUAUUCAGAAAGGCUCAACAGAGAAUAACAGAGAAAGAUGAUCAAAAGAAAGGUACAGCAGAAGAUCUUAUAGAUUCCUUCUUUGAAGUUGAAGUUGAAAUGGAAAAGGAAGUUUGCCGUGACUUAGUGUGCACGUCUCUGAAAGAUGAAGAAGGAUUCCUAAGGGAUUUGUGUGAGGUCUUAUUAUAUUUAUUGCUACCUCCUGGAGAUUUCCAGAACAAGAUCAUGCGAUACUUUGUCAGGGAAAUUCUUGCACGUGGAAUUCUUCUUCCGUUAAUAAAUCAACUCAGUGAUCCUGAUUAUAUUAAUCAGUUUGUCAUAUGGAUGAUCCGUGAUUCAAAUUGCAAUUAUGAGGCCUUUAUGAACAUUAUUAAAUUGAGUGACAAUGUUGGAGAGCUAGAAGCAGUUAGGGAUAAGGCAGCAGAAGAAUUACAGUAUCUUAGAUCUUUAGAUACAGCUGGUGAUGAUAUUAACACUAUCAAAAAUCAAAUAAAUAGCCUACUAUUUGUAAAGAAAGUGUGUGACUCAAGAAUACAGCGGUUACAGUCAGGCAAAGAAAUAAAUACUGUGAAACUGGCAGCAAACUUUGGGAAACUUUGCACAGUCCCAUUGGACAGCAUCCUUGUAGACAAUGUUGCACUACAGUUUUUUAUGGAUUACAUGCAGCAAACUGGAGGUCAGGCACAUCUUUUCUUCUGGAUGACAGUAGAAGGGUACCGGGUUACAGCCCAGCAGCAGUUAGAAGUUUUACUAAGUCGUCAGAGAGAUGGAAAACAUCAAACCAACCAAACCAAAGGUCUUUUAAGAGCAGCUGCUGUUGGAAUUUAUGAACAAUAUUUGUCAGAAAAGGCAUCUCCAAGAGUUACGGUUGAUGACUAUUUAGUGGCAAAAUUAGCAGAUACUUUGAAUCAUGAAGAUCCAACCCCUGAAAUCUUUGAUGACAUUCAGAGGAAGGUAUAUGAUUUGAUGCUACGAGAUGAAAGGUUUUAUCCUUCCUUCAGGCAGCAUGCCCUGUAUGUGCGCAUGUUAGCUGAGCUGGACAUGCUAAAAGAUCCCAGUUUCAGAGGAUCAGACGAUGGGGAUGGAGGUAAGUCUUUAGAUGACCUAUCAAGUGUAUCUUCUGAUGAAUCAGUACAACUUCAUGCUUACAUUUCAGACACUGGUGUUUGUAACGAUCAUGGCAAGACAUACGCAUUGUAUGCCAUCACUGUGCACCGGCGCAACCUGAACACUGAGGAGAUGUGGAAAACCUAUCGUCGUUACAGUGACUUCCAUGACUUCCACAUGAGAAUUACUGAACAGUUUGAAAAUCUGUCAAGCAUAUUGAAGCUUCCUGGUAAGAAGACUUUUAAUAAUAUGGAUAGAGAUUUUUUAGAAAAGAGGAAAAAGGAUCUAAAUGCCUAUUUACAGUUGCUGUUAACUCCUGAAAUGAUGAAAGCAUGCCCAGCUUUGGCUCACUCUGUAUAUGACUUCCUUGAAAAUAAAGCCUACAGUAAGGGCAAAGGAGACUUCGCUCGCAAAAUGGACACUUUUGUAAAUCCACUUCGAAAUUCUAUGAGGAAUGUUUCAAAUGCAGUUAAAUCCCUUCCUGAUAGCUUGGCAGAAGGAAUGACUAAAAUGUCAGACAACAUGGGCAAAAUGUCAGAAAGAUUAGGUCAAGACAUAAAGCAAUCAUUUUUCAAGGUGCCUCCUUUAAUUACAAAGACUGAUUCAGAUCCUGAACAUUGUCGAGUCUCAGCUCAACUUGAUGAUAAUGUGGAUGACAAUAUUCCACUUAGAGUAAUGUUGCUUCUCAUGGAUGAAGUAUUUGAUUUGAAAGAAAGAAAUCAGUGGUUGCGAAGAAAUAUCAAAAACCUACUUCAGCAGCUUAUUAGAGCAACAUAUGGUGAUACUAUUAAUAGAAAAAUAGUUGACCAUGUUGAUUGGAUGACUUCGCCUGAGCAAGUAGCCGACUCAGUGAAACGUUUCAGAGAUGCAUUUUGGCCAAAUGGCAUUUCAGCAGAGACUGUUCCAUGCAGAGACAAAGCUAUGCGAAUGAGAACAAGAAUUGCAGGAAAAACAAAAUUAUUUGCAAUUAUGCCAGAUGAACUGAAGCACAUUAUUGGAGCUGAGACAACACGGAAAGGUAUUCUUCGUGUUUUUGAAAUGUUUCAGCACAACCAGUUAAAUAGGAGAAUGGUUUAUGUCUUCUUGGAAGGCUUUUUAGAAACAUUAUUUCCACAAUAUAAAUUUCGUGAACUUUUCAACAAACUGCAUUCACGGUCAAAGCAGAUGCAGAAAUAUAAACAGAAACUUCAAACUACUCAAGCACCUUCUUUACAGAAAAGGUGACACUACAAUCUGUGAAGCUGGUGUUCAUUUUGUCCAGAACUGAUGAUAUGGACAGAUCUUCUGGGGCUUAACUCAUAUACUGUUGUAUCUGCACCAGUCUUUUAGGGUCUCAAAAUAGGUUGUUAAUACAUCCACGAGACUGGUUCUGCUCAUCCUCAUCUAUAGUCCAGCCACUACCAAGAGAGAUUUCUGUGUUUUAAAUGAUUUGGUGCAUAAUUUGCAACACUGAGAGAAUAUUGUCCCCAUCUCAAGCAAGAAUGAUGUCGGUCCCUUCCGCUUCAAGCUAAUCAGCAUUCUCCAGCAGUGACAGAGUGCCAGAGCUAAGGAAAGCACAAGACAAUGGUUCACAGAUAAAUUCAUUAAUUUGUUUAACAGUUGAAGACUGUGCAAUGUACACUUUGGAGAAAUUUGUUGUGCAUAAUGAUUUUGUAAUUUGGUGUCAGCAUUUUGAUGUAGUGUGGACUAGCCAGGUAAAUGAUCUUUGCAACAUUUGUUUCAGGUCUGGGAAAAGUGACAAGAAUGCCCUUAAAGUAUGACAUAAUUUAUUCCUAUAAUUAUAAUUUUGUGAUAUAAAAUUAAAUUCUGAGUAUAAAGUAAAAUAAAUCAAAAAGUUUGGUUAGAUUUAAUAUUCAUUGGUAUAAAACAAGCUAAUUAAUUCAUACAUGCUUUAAGGACUGUGUUGUGCUCUUGCUAAGUUUUCUUUUGGCACUCUGCAGAAAAGCAUGUGGUAGCUUUCACUUAAGUUUCAAGAUUAUUAGUUUUAGCUUUAACAGAUUACUGAUUAUACAGAAGGGGAAUAAUUUGUUUGAAGAACUGCCAAAUACAUUGUCUUUCUAAAAAUAUGGAGAUUAAAAGAAAACAGUACUCUCUUGAAAGUUGCCAUAUGAUUUUAAAUUUUGUGAUCUAGACAUGCC